GAGAUAUGUAUAGCAAGAAGAUAGCAUGGCUACGGUAAAAACAGAACUUCAUUAUUCAGGCCUUGUCCCAGAUACUCUGGUUGCUGCCUUUAUGAGAACCAGCUGCAGCAUUGAACAUUCUGAACCACUAAAUAAGCGACUCAAGCUAUCUUUAGCACCUCAGAGUCUAAGAAAACUCAAUGAAAUUCUGAAACCAGAAAUCCCGCUGGGUUAUAUUCCGCUAGCACGAUGUUAUAUCGGAUUGAACUUCGCUCACUUAGGAAGUGCAGAAAGAUUACUGCAUUCAUUUGAAUAUGUGUCACGCCUUCCUGUUGUCGUGCAGACAGCCACUGCCCCUUUUGUUCAUUCUGAUACCACUGUGAAUGAUGACAAAUCUGGCAACCUUCAGCUGAAGUUGCUAGCAGUGGCGGGACAGGAAGUAAUCUUCUCAGAUAGGAUCACCGACCGCAAGCUCAUUGAUGCCAUUGAUGGCGGAUUGAUAGGAAGCUUGCCCUGCGCCGAUCGAUUUUUCAAGAGUGCGCCGUCUGUGUGCUACCAGGCAACCUUGCAUCGGCUUCCUGAUGGGAAGUCCUUCAGACUGGAAAUCGCCAUCCUUUGGAAGGACUCGACAGAUAUUAUAGAUGCCAGAAGUCUAUCUCGUACCUCAUCCAGGGUCUUUUCGAGGUAUGUUCUGAGACAGAGUGACGGUUCGCUCAUGAAGCACACAGCACACACGCAGGAGGCAAGCUGGUCACCACGCGAUUUCUACGAGAAUGUUCAUGUACCACCUGAUACGCCCACGGGCUCAGCUGAGAUCAAAUGCGCCCUGACAGAGUGUCAGCUCUACCCCUUUCAGAGACGGACCGUCAGGUGGCUCUUGCAGAGGGAGGGCGUCAAAUUAUGCCCCGAUGGACAGGUAAUCCCUACUGAGUUGGACUCUAAUAGUGAUCUGCCAGCUUCCUUCAUUCGUAUCACAGAUGCGGAUGGGAAGUGCUGUUAUGCGAGCCAUCUCCUCAUGAUUGUGACCACAGAUAUUUCUGCACAGAGGACAGUCUUACGGGGCGGUAUUCUGGCUGAAGAAAUGGGCCUGGGUAAGACGGUCGAAAUGAUCAGUCUAAUGUGCCUCCACCGUCGAGAAUUACUAUCUGAGACCCAAUGUCCAAGCCCCACUGGUGGCUUGAGACCCUCCCGUGCAACUCUGAUUAUAACGCCACCUGCGAUUCUCGACCAGUGGAAGGAGGAGAUCUUGCUACACGCUCCGAGUCUUCGUGUCUUUCACUAUGAGGGUAUCAACCGUCACCAUGAACUACCAGAAAGUGGUUUGGUUGAUAUGGUGGCUGAUCACGAUGUCGUGCUCACGACCUAUAAUGUUCUUGCUCGAGAGAUUCAUUUUUCUGGAAAUGCUCCGCAGCGAAAUCUCCGGCAUGAAAAAAGGUUCGAGCCACGGAAGACGCCUCUUGUUCAAAUUCAUUGGUGGCGAGUAUGUCUGGAUGAAGCCCAGAUGAUAGAGAGUGGCGUCAGUAAUGCAGCCAAAGUUGCUCGUUUGAUUCCGCGCCAGUUGGCCUGGGCUGUGACUGGGACCCCUAUACGCAAGGACAUCACAGACCUCCUCGGCCUUCUUCUAUUUCUGCGCUAUGAUCCUUUUUGUGGUUCUAUUUGGAAUAGGUUAUGCCGGUCAUUUCGCCCUGUUCUGACGCGUAUCACUCAAACUAUUGCUCUGAGGAAUAGCAAAGAUCGCAUCCGAGGGGAGCUCCGCAUACCACCUCAGAAAAGGUUUGUCAUCACAAUACCUUUUAAUGCAGUUGAAGAGCAACAUUACAGACAGUUAUAUGAGGAAAUGUGCGAAGAGUGUGGGCUUGAUAUUUCAGGCGCACCUAUCCACGAACACUGGAAUCCUAAUGACUCGUCAGUCAUUGAGAGAAUGAGGAGUUGGCUGGCCAGGCUUCGCCAGACGUGUCUUCAUCCCAAUCGCGGUCGAGGAUUUACCGCUGGCACUAACGGUCCGUUACGCUCAGUCCAAGAAGUUUUAGAGGUUAUGAUUGAUGAAAACGACGUGAGAAUACACGCCCAAGAACGUGAACGUCUCUUAUUGCGAAUGCGUCGUGGGCAAUUGCUGGAGAAUGCUAUGCGAAAACGAGAAGCACUUGAGUUGUGGAGGACUUGCUUUGAGAGAGCGAGUGCAAUCGUCAACGAUUGUCGAGGUCGACUGCAAACAGAGAUCCAGAGACUUCAAGUAUCGAACUUGGGCGCUGAUCAAGAAACGGCAUCGAAUGAGCUGGCAACCAAUGACGAUAGUGAAGAUUCGGACAAGAGUAAUCGCAUAGGUGCCUACCGACAGAGGCUUCGCGCUGCUCUCGAAGUCCAGCAUAUGGGUGUAUUCUUCAUGGGCAAUGCGUACUAUCAGAUCAAAUCGGACCUCAAGCUCACUGACCCUGAGUCUGAUGAAUUCAAAUCUCUCGAGCAACAGGAAGAGGAGGCGUAUGCCACUGCCAAGUCCAUCCGGAAAGAAAUUUUGAAGGAUGUGUCUAAGAAGGUAGGAAAUCACAUGAGAAUAAUCAGGGAGAUGCUGCGCAACAAGCGAUAUGUGGCCAUACCCGAGAUGAAACCUCAUAUAUAUAACACAGGCGUAGAGGCUCGCCGUGUGCUCGAGAAAUUCGAAGAUUUCUGCGAGGCUAUGAAUAAACAUGCUGCACAAUACGACGAGUGGCGUCAGACCAUGGUUCAUCUUCUUUCCCAGUCGCUCAUUGACCAGGAGGAUGAAUCGGAGCUUCAAGGCAACGAAUACGAAAAGUCCACCAAACAUCAAGAUGAAAUGUACGUUUAUAUGGAGGCACUACGCGCCAUGUUCGCUGAUCGCCACGACUGCCUGACUGGGCAGAGGAACGUGCUUAUUGCUCAUGAAGUCAAAGGCGGAGUCGCUCAGGCCCAAAAGUGCGAGGGCCCAUCACCAGAGCUGUUUCUGAAUAUUAUGAACAUGCGAAGUCGUAUGAAGCCCGAUCCUCAAUUGGGCUCUCUUCGCGGUAUUAUCAGUGAGCUUCGCAGCUUGACCACAUCCCUUGAAUGGCAGGCAACUGAGGGAAGCACUCGGGCGCGGGCCGAAAUGGAAAUCACCAGUUUGGUGUUGAAGAAUGCCAGUGCUAUGGCUGCAGAACAUUCCAAGGUUAUUUCAAGCCUGGAGAGAGAGGUUGAGAUGUUUCGGGACACGAUGAAUUAUCGCCUCGAGUACUAUCGCCAAUUACAGCAAAUCUCUGACACCGUGGCUCCGUUCGACGAGGAGAGCGUUGGAAAGCCCUUAGAUGAGGCCACCUUCGAGGCAAAGCUCACUCAGGAGAAUCUUGUUGAUGGAAGAAUAUCGGCUUUGCGCGCAAAGCACCGCUAUUUGAUCCAUCUUCGAGACGAACCGAGCGUGGAUGAGUCCACAAGAAUAUGCGUGAUAUGCCAGUCAGGCUUUGAGAUUGGUGUUUUGACUGUAUGUGGCCAUCGCUAUUGUCAACAUUGUUUGGGCAUAUGGUGGCGUCAGCAUCGGACUUGUCCUACAUGUAAAAGAAGGUUGAAAGCGAACGAUUUCCACCAGAUCACAUACAAGCCUCAAGAAUAUGUUGUGCAAGAAGAAAAGGCACCGACCAAGGCCAUGUCUGAGCGACCGGCUUCCACAAACUCAAUCUACCAUGAUAUCAGCUCGAGUACGCUAAACGAGAUCAAAAAUAUCGAUUUGAAUUCUUCUUUUGGCACCAAGAUCGAUACUUUGGCUCGUCACAUACUGUGGCUCCGUGAGCACGAUCCUGGGGCUAAGUCAGUGGUGUUUUCCCAGUACAAGAAUUUCCUUGAAAUUCUAGCAUCUGCCUUGUCCCGGUUCAAGAUUGGGUUCAGCAGUGUUGACAGUAAAGAUGGAAUACAAAAUUUCAAGAGUGACCCUGCGCUGGAAUGCUUUCUCCUGCAUGCCCGAGCCCAUUCAUCUGGGCUUAAUCUUAUUUGUGCGACAAAUGUCAUAUUUUGUGAACCCUUGGUCAAUACAGCAAUCGAGCUUCAAGCCAUUGCCCGCGUACAUCGCAUAGGCCAGCAUCGACCAACAACCGUUUGGAUGUAUCUGGUCUCUAACACUGUUGAGGAGUCGAUUUAUGAUCUGUCUGUGUCGCGUCGUCUAGCCCAUAUCAUGCAAAAGGAGGAACGGCAAGAAGAGAGGCCAUCAGAGUUUCCAGUAAAUGGCGCCCAUGGGAUUGCAAGCACCACGCUGACAGAGACAGCAAUUGAUGCGGCAAAUUCUCUUGAGAUUCAGGAUGCGCCUCUUUCCAAAAUGAUGGCGAGCGGCCCGUUGGGUGGUGAACUUGUCCAGAAAGACGAUUUAUGGCGAUGCCUGUUCAGGAAAGCCAACAGUACCCACAUGGAUGCCGCAGGUGAAGUCGCGAGGUUCUUGAGAAGCGAGGCCGCUUAGCAGAGAAGUGUGGCGUUAAUGAAUUCGUAGCCUUGCCGGUUUGAAAGUUCUGAAUUUAGUGGAUGAACAAGCAAUCUUCGGAUUUCGGGGCCUGAUGUGUGGUCGUGCCCCG